AUGAGGCGGUGGUUCCUGUUCUGUCUCUUGGCUCUUCCUGUUACCUGUGUGUUUGAAUGCUCCUCCCAAGAAACUACAGCAUUCGUUCGUAUUGCUCGUGCUCGUCUCGAUGGAACUCCAGUCGUUAUUUCUACUGCCGGACAUGAUUUGACUUGCUCUCAAUACUGCCGUAACAACAUUGAGCCAACCACUGGAGCUCAAAGAGUAUGUGCCUCUUUCAACUUUGAUGGACGCGAGACCUGCUAUUUCUUCGAUGAUGCUGCCUCACCAGCAGGAACCAGCGAGUUAACUGCUAACCCUUCUGCCAACAACUUCUACUAUGAGAAGACUUGUCUCCCAGCAGUCAGCUCUCAUGAAGCUUGUACUUAUCGUUCUUUCUCAUUCGAGCGUAUGCGCAAGACUACUCUUGAUGGCUUUGUCAGAAAGAGCAUCCAAGUUGCUAACCGUGAACAAUGCUUGUCUGCUUGCCUUAAGGAGAAGGAAUUCGUCUGCCGCUCCGUCAACUAUAACUAUGACUCUUACCUCUGUGAGAUGAACGCUGAAGAUCGCCGCUCUAAGCCAACUCAUCUUCGCAUGGCUGAAGAUAAUGUUGAUUAUUAUGAUAACAAUUGCUUGACUCGUCAAAACCGUUGUGGACCAUCUGGAGGAAAUCUUGUAUUCGUCAAGACCACUAACUUCGAAAUUAAGUUCUACGACCACACUCAAUCAGUUGAAGCUCAAGAGUCAUAUUGUCUUCAAAAGUGCCUCGAUUCACUCAACACUUUCUGCCGCUCCGUCGAAUUCAACCCUACUGAGAAGAACUGUAUUGUUUCUGAUGAAGAUACAUUCUCCCGUGCUGACCAACAAGGACAAGUUGUUGGAAAAGAUUACUAUGAGCCAAUCUGUGUUGCUGCUGACCUUUCAUCAUCCACCUGUCGUCAACAAUCUGCCUUCGAACGAUUCAUCGGAGUUUCUAUUGAGGGUGAAGUUGUUGCCUCUGCUCAAGGUGUUACUGUCUCUGACUGUAUCUCCCUCUGCUUCCAAAAUCUCAACUGCAAAUCUAUCAACUACGAUCGUACUGCCUCCACUUGCUUCAUCUAUGCUGUUGGACGUGCUGAUGCUAAUGUCAAGGCUAAUCCAUCCAUGGAUUACUAUGAGUUCAACUGCGAAUCUCAAUUCGGAGGAAUGGCUUUGUGUACCAACGAGGGAAUCCGUUUCAUCGUCAACACCAAGGAACCAUACACUGGAGCCAUCUAUGCUGCUGAACGUUUCUCUACCUGCUCCCAAGUUGUUGAGAAUGCCAAGCAAAUCUCCAUCACUUUCCCACCACCAACUGUAUCUGCCGAUUGUGGAACUGUCAUUCGUGACGGAAAGAUGGAAGCUUUGGUUGUUGUUUCUCUUGACGGAGUAUUGCCACAUCAAGUUACCACCGAAUGGGAUCGUUUCUACCGUGUCAGCUGUGAUGUUUCUAUGGAUAAGAUGGUCAAGGAAGGAACCGUUGUUGUCACCACAAUCUAUGAAGCCAACUCUCAAAACACCACUGUCCUCGAAGUAGCUACUCCACCACCAGUUACCGCUGAACUCUCUAUUCUUAACCAAUUGGAAGAGCCACUGCACAAGGCUUCCAUCGGAGAUCCACUCUUGCUUGUCAUCACUUCUGAGCAAGCUGGACCACACAACAUGAUGAUCACUGAAUGCACUGCCACCCGUGUUGGAGGAUUCGGAGAUUCUGUACCUUUCACUCUUAUUGAGAACGGAUGCCCAAGAUACCCAGCUCUUGUUGGACCAGUUGAGCAAGAUUUCGAGAAGAGCCGUCUGAAGUCUGAUCUUCGUGCUUUCCGUCUUGACGGAUCUUAUGAUGUUCAAAUCAUGUGUACUGUUAUGUUCUGCGCUGGACCAAACGGAUGCCCAGUGUCCAACUGCCUUGACUCCGGAACCAAUGAACUGUUCAUGUCCCACGGACGCAAGAAGAGAUCUACUGAAGAGGAAGGAGGAACUGAGACUUUGUCUGCUGUUCUUCGCGUUCUUGCUAAGGGUGAAGAGGAAGAAUUGAAUAGCAAUUCAUCUAUCCAUAGCUUGCAAGAUAUGGAUGAUCUUGUCUGUUUAUCUGAGACAUGGUUCGUCUCUUCCAUCGUCAGCAUUUCCGUCGUUUGUCUCAUUCUGUCAGCAUUGAUUGUUGUGUGGGGAUGUAACUCAUUACAUGAGAAAAAGGUUAAUCUACCAAAGUAA